AAGAAAAACCGUUAAAAUAAAGAGGGAUGGUGUUUUGUUUAUUUUCCCAACGGCGCGUUGUGAUUGGCUGAUCGGUUUUGGCGCGUACAUGCAGCGCCGCCACCGGAACGCUUUCGAGGUAGAAUCACAGUUGACUGCAGCGUUGUUUCGGGCGAUUUAUCCAAGUUUGAGGAAAUAUGUCGGACGACGCAGCUCCAGCGAAACGCGGCCGCAAAGCCAACGCCGAAAAGGCCGAAAAGAAUGAUGCCAAAGUCGAGUCGAAGAAGCGCGCGAGAAAAGAGGUGAAGGCCGCCGAGGGCGACUCGAACGACGAGGGGGCGGCGCCCGUGAAGCGGGGCCGCGGCAGACCCAAGGGCUCCACGAAAAAGAAGAACUCGCCCGCCAAGCCCGCCAAGAAGGGCACCGGUCGCCGCGGGCGGCCCAAGAAGGAGGAGAGCAAAGACUCGGCCGAUGAGGACGGCGAAGAGAACGACGCGGCUGAAGAAGACGACGACUAAGUUAAUUUAAGCGCAAAGGAGGUGACCUUCGAUCGUUUCUCCGAACAUUUGAUUUUAAAUUCAUCAUUCCAUUUGUCGGUCGUGCCAUUUUAUGUUUGUCCCGUUUGUAUUGUUCAUCGCUAGGAUCACCUCUUCUAACAAUAAGAUAAUUUUAAGUUGUGUGUAUGAUAUUAAAAAUUAGAAUAUUUAUCUGAAUUAGGAUGAAUCUCAUGUAACCACACGUCUCUUUGGAUUUUUGUGGAAUUAGUCUUGUGGAUGGUUACUCUUACGUUUCAAUAAAAGACUUUCAAAUUAG